UCCACAGAUAAACCAUCGGUGGUUUAGAGUACCGACUGUGAGUAGUGUAUAUCAAGCCAAGGUCAGACAGAUGGCGGACAGUGCUGAUAGAUUUAUUUCGGUUGAUUACGAAAUAUUUGGAAACGUACAAGGUGUAUUUUUCCGACAGCAUACCUUUGAUUUAGCUCGUAAAGUUGGAGCAGUCGGUUGGGUGAUGAAUACUGCCAAGGGAACAGUUAAAGGCACAGUACAAGGCACACGGUCACAGGUGGAAGAAAUGAAAAAUUUCCUUGCACAUAAAGGCAGCCCUAUGUCUAAUAUAACAAGGUACGAAUUCAAAAACACAAGAGAACUGGUCACGUUGGAGUACAAGCGGUUUUCGAUCACAGCGGGUGACUGGUGACCAUUCAAGGUCAUUGACUUUUAUGUAUUUGUGAUGUGUGCUCCAAGUCUCCAGUUGUGGAUCCUGAAUUCAAUUUCUUAAGAACAAUGUUGAGAAUGUGUGGGACAUUUCCUUCAGAGAAUCUUGGAUUAUUAUUUUUAAAUCUGGCGUGGGUGGAGAGAGGGUGAGAGAGACUUUCUUAUGAAGUCAUUUCGGUGACAAGUAUUUUAAUUGUGUUUUUAAGCGGUUGUAGAUCUUGCCUCAGUAUAUUCUCAUCUGUCAAAUGGUGGUUCUUCAUGUUUUACCAGAAAUUACCUGGUACUUGCAUAAAACCUAUAACAUUUAUAUCUAAUCUGAUUUACAAAUUAGUAUUUGUAUCUAAUCUGAUUUACAAAUUAGUAACAAAAUACUGUUGUAUCACGUUCCCUAUGUACUUGAUAACUGGUAAUUAACAGUAGAUUGUGUUGGAAAUAUAUUAAAAAAGAGAAAACAUUUUUGUAUCUACUUGGUGAUUUCUAUACCUGAUUACUACAGAUUAUUAACAGCUGAAGAACAGAACAGAUUUGUAUGGCUAAUCAUUUUAGUUAGUUGCAACAAUGACUAAUGGAAGGUAUUUAAAGUCUUUAAUUCCGAAACUUCUUAGAAUAGAGAGAUCUUUUGAUAAAUUUAAAUUUGCAGAUGACCAGUUUGAUCAGUAAACUUGUAAGCAUAUUAUUUCAGUAAGUAUGCCGAAAUCACAGGUAUAGUUCCACUUCAUGGGUUGUUUACUAUUCUGAUAAUCUGAGUAGAUUUAUAUUUUAUAACUUAACAUGUUGACAGUUUAUAAAGGGCCAUAACUCUUGAUAAGAUGUAAUAUGAGCAAAUUCAUAUGGUUCAGUUAAAGGAACUGUGAAAGUACAGCAUUGCUGAGAUUGUAUCAAGGUAACUGUGAUGUCACGUCAGUAACGAUGUCGUAAUUGCCACUGCUCUCAUGACACAUUUUUAUAUAAUAAACUCCUUAGUGAAUACAUAUGUAUACUUAUUGUGAUACGUAAAGCCAAAAGAUAAUUGAUCAAGUUGUUGUGUUAUUAUCCCUGAUGUUUGUUACGAUCACACUUUACCUUCCUGAUGACAGACUGAUGUUUCACCUGCUAUGUUGUUUUGCUCACAGCUAUUUACUUGGUUACGGUUUAUAUUUAUCCGUGUGCAAUGUUUUACACUCACUUCAGAUUUGUUACGUUGUUUUUAUAUUUAUAAUAAAAAUAAUUUAUCAUUA